AUGUGGCGGACUGCAGCGCUGAAAUAAUCACUCACUUCUCUUUUCUUUUUCUUUCACGUAUUUUGACGUAAAUACAAUUAAAACAACGGAAAUCCGCUUACUUGUCGUUCUCCGGUGCUGGAAACAACUUUGCUUUAGUUCCAGCGGCUUCUUCCAAACACAGGCCAAAGAGUCGGCUGCGUCCCAUUUCUGUUUUCAUACUUUUUAAUAGUUGGCGGACAAAACAUUCGCGUCGUUAAUUAGGUAUUGAGCACAAUUUACAUUUAAAUUUACCGUGACUGGUGUAUGAUUAGUUGUGCGUGCUAUUUUAAAAAUCUUUGGUUUAAUCGUUUUUGCUCGUUGGGAGAGGAAGCAUCCCGUUGUUUACAAGCGUAUACGGACGCGACUGUUGAGAAGGAAGAAGUUAAUCCCCUUUUUUGCUUUCUUCAUAGUUUUACUUUAAAUAUAUAAUGGACACAUUUGGUACGAAAUAGUUACAUUGGUAUCUGUUUACUUUCAGAAGCAGUUGUCUCAUUUCUAAAUCUGCAGAUAUUUAAGUGUUUAUUAAUAUGCAUAAUUUGAUCUGGCUGGUUUACAUUUUCAAGUGAAUCAAAACUUCUGGAAUGUGCAGAUCCAGAUGUUUUGGUGGCUUUUCCACUCCACCACUUUGUAUUAUUGUACAUAAAGAGACUGGCAUCCAAGUCCUUUAUUCUGUAUAAAUCGGAAGGUUUAUGAUAGUUGCUAUUAAGGAGAUUAUUUGGGUUCUCUAAUCUCCAAUCUGAGGAUUAACUGGAGCUAUUGGUGUGUACAGAUUAUUACGUCUCCUUUGGAGAAGCAGUGUUUACUUCCUCAGUAGGUAGAAGCACAUUGUUUGUCAAGAUCCUGAUUGAUUUAGCUUGUUAAAGGUAAAUUAAUUAAGUAGUUCGAUCUUUGUGACUGAAGUCGAGUGGAACCAGGCGCAUCAUGGAGGACUCGGUGCCCCAGAUUAUUGAUCCAGAUUUCGAGCCGCUGAGUAGACCCCGAUCCUGCACAUGGCCGCUGCCGAAGCCGGACAUCUCUGCUGUCAAAGUAGAGGCAACAGACGGCGCAGAGUCCGCCGCCGGAACUCCGCCUGCAGAUGAAGACAAACCAGAGCCACAGCAAAUCACCUCAGAGCCCGACAAAGCCGGGAUGGUGUCUGAGGGCGGGGUCUUGGCCGGAGUGGGCGGAGCCACCCCAACUGCCCGCAAAGGGUCAUCCCGCCGCAAUGCAUGGGGGAACCAGAGCUACGCAGACCUGAUCAGUCAGGCCAUACAGAACUCACCUGAGAAGAGGCUGACCCUGGCUCAGAUCUAUGACUGGAUGGUAAAGACAGUGCCUUACUUCAGAGAUAAAGGAGACAGCAACAGUUCCGCUGGGUGGAAGAAUUCAAUCCGCCACAAUUUAUCACUCCACAACAAGUUCCUGAGGGUUCACAAUGAAUCAACGGGCAAAAGCUCCUGGUGGAUGCUCAACCCGGAAGGUGGGAAGACUGGCAAAGCUCCCCGCCGCCGGGCCGCCUCCAUGGACAACAGCAGCAAACUGCUGAAGAGCCGAAUGAGGGCCAAGCAAACAAAGAAACAGGCAGCGGCUGCAGCCCUGGGUGGCGCUGGUGGGGCGCUGCAGGGUGAUAGCAGCACAACCACAGCCAGUGCAGACAGCCCGAAUUCAUCCCAGCAGUUUCCCAAAUGGGGGGUCAACAACAACAGUCCAUCAUCUCGUGGAAGUCUGGAUGAUGCUGAUAUGUGGACCGCCUUCCGCCCACGGACAAGCUCUAAUGCAAGCACCUUGAGUGGGCGUCUGUCUCCUAUCGCUCCUGGUCAAGAGGAUGAUGAUAACCUGCCUGAUGAAGGACUUUUGGGGAGCUACACUGCCAGCAGUUUGCCUCCCACUCUCACGGAGACCUUAAUGGAGGAGCUGGAUCUGAUCGAUGGUCUGACGCUGAUGACUGGCCAGCAAGGCGGGGCCAGCCCCAGCACGGCCCCACCAGCCCCUCCGACUCCACUACCCUCGGCCUCUACUCUCCUGCCUCGUGGCUCAGGCUUCUCCUCCUUCCAUCAGCUCCAAACGGCCAGCCUUCCGCAGGCCUCCACUCAUAGUGGGACCCAGGCCUCCGUUUCUCAAUGUGGCUCCACCAGCAAAGAGCCAUCAAAUUUCAGGAACUCCCUCUUCAAUCCCAUGACUAGCACCAGCUCCCGUGGCAGCAGCCAUUAUGGCACCCAUGUGCCUUCAAGCUUGGAAGCAUUGCUCACCUCUGAUUCGCCUCCUCCAAGUGAUGUAGUGAUGGCACAGGUGGAUCCUUUAAUGUCCACUCAACCAGGCGUGGGUAUGAUGGGCCUGGGCACAUCAGUGGUUGGUCUCAGGGCCAAACCUAAUCAGUUGAUGUUAGGUAAAGGGCUCGAGCCAAACACAGUUACACCCAUGGCUCUGCAAAGUCAGAUUCAGCCGUCACAGCAGCACCACCACCUCACCACCAGCAACAGCCACAGCAACAACACCAGCAUAACUCUCAGAUGGGGUUGGAUCUGAUCCUCUCAGGUAUGUCUCAGGACCCUUCUCGGCUCUCAGCUGUCAAAGCCCAGCAUGCCACAGUGCCAGCUGUGGUGUCACAUAACCGAGGGCCCGUCGGCCAGGCCAAUCCAGUGGGAGCCUGCAAGCCAUGGGACAGUUUGCAGCGGCCCGUACUGCUUUCCCCCCAGUCAGGACAGACUGCCCACAGACUUGGAUAUAGAGAUGUCACAGAAAGUCUGGAUUGUGGACUGUGGACUACAUAAUCAACAGUGACCUCAUGGAUGGAGUGCUAUUGAUUUCAACUUUGAUCCCAUAUUGCCUGGAGGCCAAAGCUACACGGGCCCAUCCACCACGCAGAGCUCCACCCACAACUGGGUUGCCCCAGCUAAUUUCUCAGCUAACAAUUCAAAGUUGGCCAGGAACCAUUCCCAUUCAAGAUGACCCAUCACAAAAUGACCAGUGCAGGCCUCCCUGGUGGCCUGAAGUUCGGUCUUAAUAUACCGUUUCUCUUAAGGAGUUUUAAAGACAAAACCAGACCUCAACCCUGUCAUGUGCCAAGACAUGCAGAGGACGGGGAGGGUAUUCACGAUACUAUGCACAACUUUUCUUUUCCUCCCAAUUUUUGAAACACUUGCAUCGGUUUGGCUGCUAGUUGUUUUUACCUUUAAAUGAACGAGUGGGUUUUUAAAUGUGUGUUGAACAUAACAUUUUAAGUGAUAAAAAGACCAAAUCAAACACCUACCCUCUCUGCUUGGAGAUUCAGAAUCGCAGUUAUGUUGCAUGAGAGUAGCUUUAGGGUGGAUAGGGUACCCAUUUGAACGGAACAGCCUUCGGCUACUCGCAAUCUCGAGUUGUGUGCAUAUGGAGAGAAUGCCUUUUGGCAAGAAAUAUCAAGUCAGAUGUUGUGUAGUGAUGUCCCGAUACUGACCCAGUUCAAGCAUUCGAUAGUGGUUAAAUAAACGCCAGUCCAUAUCCGAGUCCUUUCAUUUAUUCCAGCAGUCAGAGAAAGCGUUUUUUUAAACCUCAAAUCUGCUCCUACACAGCUCAAUAGGCUACAGCGAAUGACCUUAUACAGUGUCUGCAACAGAUCAAAAGCAUUUUUUUUCUUCUCAAGACGCCGAGCGACAGCGGAGCCAUGCUUAAUGUCUGCUGUAGUUUAGUGUCUUUGUCACAGUGUGUUGCUAACAUGCUGCUGUAGUUUGACAUAGCAUUUAAACCUCUGUUUGGCUUCCUAAGCAUUUUAAAUCUUGUGAGAGACACUGCUGACCAAAGAGCAGGUUUAUGAUUUCAACAUGCUCCUUUCUGUGAAGUUUAUCAUAUAGGUCAGCAGGUGUCUUGGUAAAGUUUGUAACCAAAAAUACCUCAGACACAAGCUGGGUUUCCAUUGCAGAUUGUGCAAAAGUUUAGCAAUAUUUUCAGAAUUUUGGGGGGGGCAAAAUGACACUGUUUACAUUGAGUGAUUGAAUACCACUGCCGGGUUUGUCAUCUUUUAUAACUCUCAUUCUACUGACGCUUUCGCUAGAACUGCAAUUCCCAGAGUCAGAUUGGUAAAUCCCGUUUUAAAACUGGCAUUUUGUUGUUUUGUUUUUUAAUCCAGUGUUGCAAUAACGUCAUCUCUUGUAAAGUUUAUCAAGUGGCUCUGUCUCUUACUUUAAAUGCCAUGUGACUUUCUGUACGUCAUGUGAUCUGUAAUAGUAGAAAGUGUUUCCCUUGCACUUUUUCCAGUGGAAACCUUUUUGAACUCUAUGCCAAUGUAAAAUGCCAAAUAAAUUCUCCAGCUUUCUGGGAAGCAGCAAAGCAGCUGUGACUUUUACUGACAUCCAUAUUCACAUUACUAAGCACAUUCAAAUAGCUGUAGUGUGAUUUUCAUAAAAUUUGACUCCAUGUUGUGCAAAUCACAGGAGAAAUGUAAAGUAUUGGAAAAGCAGAUAUUAAUAUAUUAAAGGACUCGGAUUGGAUCGGGGGUCCAACGUGAUCGGGACAUCCCUGAAGCGUUGUAGUCCGCGCGUCGAGAACAAGGUGAAUUUAUUUAUUCUGCGCCAAUAUCAGUGGAUAAUGAGAUGAAGUGGAACCUAUUAGGCUUCUGACUCUUGUGAUUCCAUUCAAAGCUGUUGUGCGCCACCCCACCCCCUCUCCCCAACCAAAUUGUGUACUGGAGGUACAGUUUUAAAUAUGAUUCUAAUUUCUUAGAAGGUAAACUAUGAUGCUUCAUCAGUGGAAUUUUUGUUUUAAACAAGUGGGUAUGUGUUUGUAGUUUGAUAUUUUUUUUUCCCCAUCAAGUCAAUUGUAAAGUGAUAAUCAGAUUUUUUUUUUUAAAUCCCUGUUUAGUUGAUCUAACAAAAUGAAGAAAUGUGAUUUUGUAUGUGGGGCAUUCAAGGGUAAAUGUUUGCCAGCACGGUAUCGGUUGGCCAAGUAUUAUUUUGUGUCUGAGGUCCGUAUGCGUCCUUUAGGCCCCAGUAGGGGGCCUGAUUCCCCCUACUUUAAUCUUUUGUCUCAGCCUAUUAAUUUUCAAAGCACUUAGGUCUCCUGAUAUGUGGCUCAUUCACAGGGACCCACUCGAAGAGAAUUCAUCCAAAUUAGGUUGUACCAUUUCACAGAAAGAUUUUGAAGGUUUAAAUGUGUAACAUGCACCUUGCACACAUUGAUUGCAGAUUGAACAAGAGAAUGAAAUGAAACCUUGAAGGAAGUUUUCAAGUGAUAUGUUUUAAGAAUUUUGUAAUUUAGCAUUUCCUUGAGGUUUGUGGUGAUGAUGGAUCCAGGUCCGAAUAUCAUUGCACGUCACGCUUUAUUACUCAAUACUAACUUAAUGUAAUUAAUUCAUCUUAAGUACGAAAAAGAAUAUAUUUGAUUAUAGUUUUAAUAUACAGUAUACUGUAGAUAAAAGUAAUUGAAAUAACAUGACUAUGAUUAAUUACAAGAUUUGUUUUACAUUGGAGGAAGAAUUUUCAAAUAAUUUUUAAGGGUAAUUUUCUAUACUUUUAUUUUGUAAAGGACGAGAUGCAUGUUUACUUUUUUUUUUUUUUACAUAACCAAAGGAACACUAAUAUUUGCAUGGCAUUUAGGGAGUGCAUGCGCCUGACACAUUAUCGCUGUGUAAAUAAGCUUUGCAGAAAAUGCCUAUAAGAAAAAUGUGGCUUUGACAGAAAAAAAAGCAUUUGUUGGUUGGUCAAUUUGUAACCAAUUCUGAACAAGCUAAUUCCCUCCCCGCUUGAUUGCAGACUUGUAGAUUCAAAUACGAAGUUUGUGCUGAGAUGUGGCAUGAUAAAUACAGAAAUCUCAUCUCAAAACGAGACUUGUACAACAUUUACCUCUCAGGGCCGGAAGAAGAAUAACAAGAAAACAAGUUAUCAGCUCAUUGUGACUUGUAACGCAAACAAACAAAAACAACAAAAAAGAGUUAUGCAUUCUAAUAUUUUCUAUGAUGACAGACUGGAAUCAAAGACAUCCAGCGGUGAUUCAGUGACCCGUGUAUAUUUUACUGCCAACAUUGAGAACACUAUAGCACAUUGCUCUGUAGCAAGAUGGACUUCAUGUUGUCAUCCACCUCUUUAAGUGCUGUGCGUUUUUCUGUAAUUACGUUUGUAACUCGGUGAGGGUCACAUCAAGUUUGAUUUUACCAGAAUUCCUGCAGCUAAAUUCUUUUGCUUUUCUCUGUAGCUAUGUGAAUAUGUUAGCCUCUUGUUUUUAUAAAGCACUCUUUUCUUCCUCUUUA